AUGGCAAACGCAAACGCAACUCAUCCCAUCGCCUUGGCGGGUGUGUUGGACGCCCAAACCUCGCAACACUUGCCCACGGCCGCGGCCGGCCUCGUCCUCGUCGUUUUUGCCCUGCUAGUGCAGCGAUGGCUUACCGCCGACCCCCUGGCCAACGUGCCGUAUAUGGGAGAGGGGACCAAGUCGGAGAAGAAGAAACAGUUCAUGGAAGGCAAAGCAGCACAGUUUUAUACCGAAGGCUACAGGAAGUUCAAGGACAGCAUCUUCCGCAUCGCGACGUUCCAGACAAAGGAUUCCAUCUGUGUUCCUACCAAGUUCCUCCCUGAGCUGAAGAAAGCCCCCGACGAUGUCAUCAGCGCCGCCGACGCCAACACUGAGGUCAUGUUCUCUAAGUACACGAAAUUUGAAAACGAAAACGUCUUCAUACACCACGUCGUCAGGUCGACAUUGACGCCGUCUCUACCCCGACUAAACGCGAGCAUCUCGGAAGAGGUUGCCGAAUCAAUGCGCCUUGAGCUACCCCAGUCCAGCAACUGGAGUGAGGUCCUUAUUAACCAGAAGCUCCUCCGCAUCAUUGCCAUGGUCUCCGGCCGCGUCUUUGUUGGCCCCGAGCUCUGCCAUGACGAGAGAUACAUUGACGCCUCUAUUAACUACACUGUCGACCAGAUGACCGCCGUGAACGCCAUCUCCAAGGUUCCUGCUUUCCUACGGCCCCUUGUCGCUACUCGGCUGCCAGAGACCCAGACGCUAUACAGGCGCAUUGACGCUGGUAUAGAAGUCAUCUCCCCCCUUAUCACAGCCCGUCGCAAGGCUGCAGAGAAGGGUAACUACAAGGCGCCUAACGACUUGCUCCAGUGGAUCAUUGACGCGCAGACAAAGCUUGGGACAGUCAGCGACCGUGACCUUGCUAUGAGCCAGCUUACUGCUAGCUUUGUCGCUAUCCACACUACUACUGCAGCAACAACUAACGCUCUCUACUGGCUUGCAGCAAAGCCUGAGCUAACCCCUAUGCUCCGCGAAGACGUCCAGCAGGCGCUAGCUGAGUCUAAGGGGGAAUUUACAAGCUUAGCUCUGCAAAAUAUGAAGAAACUGGACAGCUUCCUGAAGGAGUGUAUGAGACUUUCUCCGGGUAAUGUCGCAUCCUUCACACGCAAGGUUCUCAAGUCUGUGAAGCUCCCUAACGGCCAGACCAUCCCCGAGGGCAUGUUCAUCGGCGUCUCCGCCCAGGGCGUUAACCAAGACCCCGAAAUCUUCCCAGACCCAGAGGUCUUCGACGCCCUCCGCUUCUACAAGCUCCGCGAGGGCAAGGUGCACGCCGAUUCCGGCUCCAAGGCCGCCGAGACCGUUGCGCAGGCCCAGCUCGUCAGCGUCGGCACCACCCACCUGACGUUCGGCUACGGCAAGCACGCUUGCCCAGGCCGCUUCUUCGCCGUCAACGAGAUCAAGAUGAUCAUGGCCAACAUUCUGUGCCACUACGAAAUCCGGAUGCCGGACGGCGUUACCGAGAGGUACCAGGACUGGGUCUUCGGCCCAAUGAUGGGCCCUGACCCCUCCAAGACUAUCAUGAUUAGGAAACUAUGA